AUGCGUUUUUUCCAUACUGUUCACAAUGACUUCCUUAUAUAUGGUAUAACCCAGGACUGUCAGUUAUACUUCGUGGAACAUAUGAGCUACAUAUUGAUCAAAUCACUGAAAGUUGAUAGAAGUAACACAUAUUGCUACCCAGAUUUAGUCAAACUUCAUCUUCGACAAGGAAUCAAACAAAUUUCACUUGUGCUAAUAAUGAAGCAAGCCACGAAUCGGAUUUGCACUCUGCCAAUUGAAAUGCCAUCGCUUCAAACUGUUAGUAACGGACAACUUUUCAGUUAUUCAAUUUUCACUUCAUUACCGUAUGCUGCCUGUUCAUAUCUCAGAGAUAACAGUUUUAUUCUUGAACCUGAUUUAUCCUUCAUGGACACAACAUUUUCUGAUAUUAUUUAUUUUAUUAAUGCCAAAUCAGUUGGUUCUCAAUGGGAUAUACAACAAUUUCGAAUAAAUGAGUAUGGUAACCUGGUAGCAAUGGAAAAAUUUAUUGUUUAUCAUUCACAACAAGGUAACCACGGAGGCACUGAACAAUUCAAUCAAUUCAUCGUUGAACUCGAUCUGAAGCGUUCAGUACUAUAUGCUCUCAAUCGCCUUCAGAGAAAUUUACUAUCCGAAUGUUUGUUCGACUUGCUUUUCAGGCCAUCUCAUCUUCUCCCAAAAUCGAUAAAAUUGGACGAAGCACACCACACACAAGCAUGGCUUGAAUCUUUUGCUGUCGAUGGCCAGUUGAUGAUGUUUAUUGAAUCCAUUCGCAAUGAAAUGGGAGCCACUUCCGAAUUAUAUUUAACAAAUUUGCGAAUCCGAAAUAGCUCAACACGAUUGCUGCAUUUGGAUUUUGUCGGUGAUAUUGGUGUGCUACGAAAACAAACUUAUGCUGAUUUAUCAACAAGGAGUAUUCCCACUUUUGGUGAUAUUACGCGAUUAUAUAUACAAAAUGUCCGAAAUACUCAAUUAACAAUGUCACACGCAUCAACAAAACAUACCGUUAAUAUAAUAUCACCGGCAACACUAACAUUAACGACUGAAACACCUUCGACAUCUACAACAACUUCUGCUGGGAGAUCAACAAUAAUAAAUGGAAUUGAUCGAUUCUAUUCCGAAAUCGAAAAUGACCGCUCUAACGGUAUCGAUCAUGAAAUUCAGAAAGAAACCGAAACACAGACAACGGCACGCCCAAUUAUAUUGUUAGCACAGCAUGUCAAGCAUCAAGAAUGGUCUACCGAAGAUGUUAGCAAAGACAAUGACAUAAAAGAAUCAGAAAAGCAAUUUGUUGGAAACAUGGAGGAGACGCGAGAUAUCAGUCUUCCAAACAGUACUGAUUAUGAAUCCUGGGAGACCAACAUUCCUGAAAACGAAGGUAAUACAGUGCUCGACAUUGAUGACCAUAUCUAUGGUAGCGAAAUGGGAAAUAGACAAGGAAAAAAAGAUGUUUUCCAACUUCCACAACAAGUUAAUCCAGAAAAGAUCGUAACAAGUGCAUCUGCUGAUUCCAACGAAUCACAAUUAUGGUCGAGCACUAGUUGGCAUGGCGCCAAGGAACAGGUCUUCCAGAUUCGUUUGGUUUCAUGGUUUUGUUUGGGGAAGGGGGAGGAGAAUGAGAAGAAACAGGGUGGAGUGAUUGCUCAUCUUUCUGCAAUGUUUUGUCACGUUAAGAACAAGAUUAUCACUUACAAUAAAGCAGCACCUGAAGACUACCUAGAACCUCAAGGAUCUUUGUGA